UUUGCUCUGCGCUCCGCGUACAUGUGCCCGCCCGCCCCUUUCGUUUCUGUUUCGUUUCAAGCGUCGGCUGCUUGCUUGAGUUUGAGUUAAACUCAGGGAUGCGUUAAUUCUGCUCAUUUGGAUAGCCUUCCUUGCCUGAAGAUGGUCUUUGACUUUGAUAGGCCCUUAUUUUUGGUGCAAAAUGUGCUUUCAAGCUUCAGCUAUUCCUUACAUGAGCUUACAGAUGAAGAGAAAUAUAUCGAAAUAAGCAAGGGGCUUGCGGAAGCAUUUAAGGACCUGCCAAAGGAUUAUGACAUGCGCAAAGUAUUUCUGUUUCUACUUCUGAACAGUGAUGCUGAUGUAAUAGACUUGGUCGCUGAAGAUGAGAAUUUUUGUCAUUUAAUUGGCACUGUAAAACCGAUUUCUUUCAUUUUGACUCUUAGAUUGAUUUUGCAGUCAGGGGGCUCACAUUUCUUGCAAGACUUAAUAGCUUUUGGCCCUUUUGCCUUGUCAACAUCUGUGAUAGAUUCUAUCUUGAGUGCAGACGAGUUAAGUCCUCAAAAGUCUGUCGAUGUGGAGUUCAUUUUAAAUUUAAGUAAAUCAUGUUUCCGAAGGAUGACUCUCAACACUAGCGAAAGUGCUGUGAUUUUAGAAAAGUUUUUUAACUACUUAGUGUUAUUUCAGAAUUAUGGUUAUUCUUCACUUCCAAAUGAUAAACCAUAUCCUUGCAUGAAUGAGGAUUUGAAGAAAGGAUUGCAUUAUAUUAAUAACUUGCACCUUUAUGAAUUCACUUUGAAAGAAAAUGUGACUCUGGACCAGGGCAAGUGUUGGGAGGGCUAUGCGAUGCGCUGUGCCACAAGCAAUGAUAGUGCUGUCUGUAAGAACCUUCAGCCAAGAAGUGUAGAUGAACUAAUUUGGAGUUUUAGAAGUGUCAUUAUAUCAAACUUAAAUAAACUUCUCCGAGAACUAACAGUUGACAAUUGGAUGGGAAUGGCAGAAGUGACAUACUACAAUGGAGAUAAGACUCUUCAAAGAACUCUAGGUGAAAAAACUUUCCAGUUUUUGGAGCUGCUUGAAAAAUUGUCAGAUGAUCCAAGACUUCCAGACCUCCCGGCUUACCUUGAAGCUGCAAUGCCAUUUGCUAUGAAACCAGAACUUAAGGUUGAAAAAACUGAAGAUCUCAGCAUGGAUGAAAUGAAAUCAAGAUUUUCUUGCCCAGUUGGCAGGAGUUCGAAGCUGAUGAAGCUAUUUUUAACAUGUCCGGAUAUCUUUCAAGAUGAUGAGAAAUUGGGAAUAAUCCGAGAUAACUGUGAUCUGCUUGAUAAAUCUGAUGUUGAACUUAUUUUGUUUUCUGUUGUCCAAAUACUUAAAGAAGGAAAUGUCAAUCCUAGUCAAGAAGAGAUUUUGAAAAGUCUGUCUUAUCAAAGUACAAAGUAUUUGACAUUAGAAAACAUCUUGGAAGUAAAACAUAAUUAUUUACACUGUUUUGGAAUGGAGAGUUACCUAUCAGGUUCACAGUUCAUUCCAAACCUCCUAGGUGCAUUUAAUAAAUUAUCCUUUGAACAAGAGGAUAUUUCUGAAGAGUGGCGGUGUGAAUUAAUCCGUCUAUUUAUUCUGGAUCCUGCUUCAGUUAUCACAAAAGCUCUACAAGUUGGGGUUAAGAGCCCAACCUUGCAAAGAAAAAUUGCUGAAGCACUUUUUAUUCUGAAACCAGAGUCUCAAACUAUUAUUCAUGGAUGGGUUUCUGAACUAACAGACUGUUGUCAGUUCAUCCGGAGUGAAAUGGAUGCUUUUCCCAAAUUUGCAUUGGAACUGUGGAGGAAAGAUAUUUUGUGUAAAGAGGAAUUUUUGAGAAAGCAAGUAAUCUCUGGCAUUUGCAAAGCAAUGUUUGCAAAUGAUUGGAAUAUGAUUUCAAUGUGGAUCACCUCCAUGCAGUUUUUGUUGGAGGAAAUAAUUAAUACAUCUGGUAAAGUGGGCAGCAUAGCUGUUCUGUUAGUCUACAUUGGUCAGGUGUUGGAAUAUUGUCAACAAUCUAUUGAGGAAUUCAAUUGGGGCUGCAUGUCUGUCCGUGGCCAAGCUUUGAAAAUUAUACAGUUUUUAAAAUGUUUCCAACUUUCAGAAUUAGAAAAAGAUUGGUUUCAAUGCUACAUAAGAAAGUACUCCGGAAUGACCCUGGGCCAGUUAGAGGUGUUUUCCUCUGAUGAUCACCCAGCAAAGACAACUGUUAACUAUGGCCUUUGUUUCAAUGCUCAAGUGAAAACAUCCGAAUUUGCCGCUUAUAUUCUAGCUGAGAUGUUGUCAUUUCUUUUAAUGGAUGAGUGGUGUGGUGUUGCUGAUGCCCUGAAAAACCUUUUUGCUGAACACAAUGACUGUUCCUACUCAGUCUUCCAGUCAUUUCAAAAAUCGAUUAUGUUACUUGUUGCUGCGUGUGGAAAUGUGGACUUAAAUGUUGACUCACCUCACCGAUCCUGUCUAGAUUUCUGUGUGCGCUGCUUAGGAACUGUCUUGAAGACCAAAAUUUUACCUGACCUAAAAAUGACUAACUAUUUAGUGGUCCUUGAAGAAACACUUCACCUUCUUUGCAAGCUUCCCAGCAAAGUUUGGAAUGAAUCAGGAAUGCACAUCUUACCGGUUGUUGUUGAUUUAAUGAAUAAAGUACCACCCCAAAUAGAAGCCCUCAACACUCUAUCUACCAUCAUAAUGAAUUGCCCUGUCAAUCAAAGCCGUGAACUGCUUGAAGACAAAUUAAAAGUCAUUUUUGAAGAUGCUAUUUCUGAAGUGAGUGAGGUUGAAAUGAAUGAUAGAUGAGAGACUUCAUCUGUAAAUGCUGAUAUUUUGGUUCAGCCCAAUUUUUAAAUACUAAAAAUAAAAUAGGCCUUUCAGAACAUGUAUAAGGUGGUCAUUUUUGUCGUGUUACUGUGUUCUAUAUUGUAAAACAAAAUUCUAUUCCAAUUGUUUAUUAAAAGCUUAUUUCCAUUACCGCACA